CAGUGUUCAUUACUUCCCCAGCUUCAGACUUCAGAAUUGUGCCUUUCGCCGUGGGGACCCGCCUCGAGUACUGGGAUCUUCCAUCUCCUUCUCUCUUUAGAUAAAGGAAACACCCCCUUCCCCAUUCUUCCCACUUCCCAAUACUACUCCUGCUAGCUGCUCCUGAUCCAUUAUCCUAACCUAAGCUACUGCUAUUGCUUCUACCACGGCGGCGCGUGAGUUAAUGGACGGCAACGUGACCAUCAAGGGUACCUUCCAGUACUGGCUGGUUAAGCACCCAACAAUCCUCAACUUCAAGUGGAGCCCUGGGGAGACUCCAUGCUCCACUCCACUCUUCCUUGCCAUCACCGUCUUCUCCUACCUCGCUCUCACUCUCUUCCUCUCCAACAUCCCUCUCCCGCUCAUCAAGCCCCGCCGUCUCAAGCCCGUCACGAUCGUCCACAACCUCAUUCUCCUGGUGUCGUCACUCGUCAUGUCCGUGGGUUCCUUGGUCACCAUCUUCUCCCACGCGCCUUACCCCUUCUGGAUCAUCUGCCUCCCACCAAAAACACCGCCGACCGGUCCGCUCUUCUUCUGGGCAUACGUCUUCUACCUCUCGAAAAUCUAUGAGUUCGUCGACACCCUCCUCAUCAUCGUCAGCGGCUCCUUCCACCGCCUCACCUUCCUCCACGUCUACCACCACACCAUGGUGCUGCUCAUGUGCUACCUCUGGCUCCACACCUCUCAGUCUCUCUUCCCGGCCGUCAUCGUCGCCAACGCCACCGUCCAUGUGGUCAUGUACACUUACUACCUGCUAUCGACUCUGGGAGCGAGGCCUAAGUGGAAGAGGAGAGUGACCGAGUUUCAGAUAUUUCAGUUCAUGUCAAGCUUCGUUGGGUUGGUGUGGAUGCUCUACUAUCAUUUCAACAGGGACUGUGGUUGCUCUGGCAUCUGGGGUUGGUGCUUCAACAUUUUCUUCUAUGUUUCUCUUCUGGUUUUGUUCAUGGACUUCCAUUCCAAGAGUUAUGGUACCUCCAAGAAAGAUUUCUAGCUUAUCUCUCACAAUAAUCAGUACCUGCAUGCGGAAGUUU